CCACGUUUGUUGACAUCGAACAGCUGAGACUUGAAGAAGUGAAGGGGAUUCUUGCGUUUCUUCUUAUUUGGAUUUUUUUGCGUAUUGUUUUCCCAUAUUUGUUAACGUUUGGAGGGGAAUUAGGUCAGAAAUGUCUAGUCUUUUAACGAAGGCGAGAAUAACUCACUGGAUUAGACAAACUGAUGGAUUUUCUCGAGUUUUACCGGCAUGCAGUAACUUAAACAUCAAAGGUUUUGCAUGUUCGACCAACUUUUUCCCCACUGAAGGUCGUCAUGCAAGUAGGCCAUGCAGUCUCCCAUGGCAGAGAGGUACUGUGCAAAAUUCAAAUGCAUUAUUCCAUUCAAGUAUCAGAAAUAUGACGAAAUUUGGACCGUCAAAGGCAAGGCAGGGGGACCCUAAACGGCGCGAGGAUAAUACUCCACAGAUAAUGGUGGUUGACACAGAAGAAAAGGUGUCUGUGAUGACCCUAAGGCAGGCGGAGAGGCUAGCCAAGCGAAGGGACUUAAAGCUGGUCCUUGUGGAAGACUCAACCCUGAAGGGCAAAGUGGGGAAGCAAGUGUACAAACUGAUGACGGGGAAGCAGUACUACGAGGAGGAAGUCCAAGCCAAGAAAGACAUCAAGACUACAACUGGGGCGAAGGGGGAAAAGAUGUUAACCAUUUCUGGGAAGAUUGCUGAGCAUGACCUGAAGUCAAAACUCCAUAAUAUUGAAAGAUGGUUGAAAAAGGGUCAUCAGACAAAGGUCACGCUGUCUUCACAUGGAUGCACUCCAGAUGAUGUGGAGAAUAUUUACAAAACCCUUGAAGCCGAUGUAGUGGGUUUUGGAGGCCGCAUUCUGCAGCGACGUGUUAAGGGCGGAGACAUAAAAUUUUUUAUUGCACCUGCCAAAGAAGCUAAGACAGAAAAAAGUGGUAAUUUCAAAGCAAGAAAUGAACAACCUCCAAAGACAGAAGAGAGAAAUCAAGAUCUGAAUCCUGACGAUGAAGUAUCUGAUCUCGGAAGAAAAGUGGAAAGUUGAGGAAAGUUUUAAAGAAGUGGAUGACACAAUAUCAAAAUGCAGAUGGAUUUUGAGCUUGUGGAAGUAUUUUGUAAGUGGAUGAUUUCUUCAUGGGUUGGUGAUAUUCAACUGGUAACUUGCAAAUGCUGAAAAAGCAUUCUUCAGCAUUUUAAGUUAGAAAAGACAUCUGGGAAUGAAACUAAAUAUUGUGAAACAAUGUUUAUGUAAAUAGGAAAUAUAUUUAGAAAAAAAAAUGUUGAUUUGAAUAAAGUUUUGUUAAUAUUCUAUUGUCUUGACUUUUAUUUACAGAAAUAGUAAUGUAAUUAAGUUAGGGAAAAUUAAUUGAAAAUUGUCUGUACUUCAGUAUUGCAAAAGCCCGCUGCAGUCUUGUAACUGGGUUCAGAUUUUGGUUAAUGCUUGCACGAAAGAGAAAAAUAUAGUGUUGGUAAUUAAAGAAAAUAAAAUUUUAUAAGUGAACAGUGACCUACUGGCAAAGCAGAACCUGUAGUUUUCUGGUGAGUCUGAAAACACUUGGAUGGUUAAAUGAACAAGAGAAUGUU